UCUAUAAGAUUCUUCCGAACAGACCCGUCGAAAAUGGGCAAACCAGCAUAUUUUAUAUUGUAUUCUUUAGUUAUUUUAUUUUCGUUAGUUCAUUAUACCCUCGCUGAGAAUUCGACGGAUUCUACGACAUCGCCGUCGACCAUAACAACAACCAUCGAUCCGUGUGAGGGAUAUGUUUGUCAACAAAAUGCCCACUGUGCUGUCCAUCCGGAAACCGGUGUCGGCUGUGAGUGUAAUCCUGGUUACGCAUUAGCCAACGAUUCCUCGGGACGCUGUUAUUUCGACCCGUGUGGCGCGUCGGCGUGCGGACGGAAUGCGACAUGCCUAAUUGAUCUGGACGCGCGGGAUCUGCGGUGGUGCGUGUGCGACGAUGGGUUCGUGCGGGAUGUCCAGUUAGCGGAAACCGAGGACUGUACAGAACCCAGCGACGCGCCAUACGAUCUCCUGUAUGCAGUCAUCGGUGUCGCUGCGUUCAUCCUCGUCUCCUUUACCAUAUGGUUUUGCUAUUUGGCACGACGCGGACCAACAAGGAAACUCGGUGAUUCCACGCCGAUAUUCAAAUCCAACGUGGUCCGCAUUAUUCCGGUGGAUGUAUCGCAGAUUCCCCGCAUGUUUGGCGGGAGAAAAGCGUCGGAUGCGGAGGUCAUCCUGGUCAGCGAAGACGUCAACGAAGAUCACACAGACGCGCCAGGAACGUCAACAGCGGAACAGCUACUCCAGACUCUGUCGCCGGAAGAUGCCGAAGCCCUGAUCGAUGGACAGGUAGUUGUAAAGACCGAGUCCAGUGUUCAGCCCGUAGCUCCAUCAGACGAUGGAAAAAGUGAAGAACCGUCGAGCGUAGCGCCGGCUACCGAAACGGUUAUUUUCGUACCGGUUGAUGGAAGCCUCUCCCAACCUGUCGAUAUGGAGCUGCUUUCCGAUUCCGAUCGCCCUGCACCCGAAGUUAUUGUAGAGCCAAUGCAGACGAUGAUAACCGUGGAGCUGCCAGAAGCGUCGCGUUCGCUGGAAGUUACCCCUGCGACAACGGCUGCGGGCGUCUCCGACACUGAUGAGGACGACGAUUCACGGUUAUGACGGUUAUUCACGAUUCACGGUUACCGCUCGCAGAGUUAACGUUGUUCUACUGUAAUUACAAAUUUAUUAUACGAGUAUUCUGGCAAAUAAACAGUUUUUGAGAAGCGCCAAGAAACGAUGUCACAUAGUGUAGAACUCUUGGCAAUCAGCGAAAAUGAUCUAUCCGUGAUGUAAAUCAAUGGAGAAUAAAAAUACUGAAAUAAAAUCCAGUGA